GAGAAGUAACGAUUUCUGUUGGUGUCCUUUUUACUGUAACGUCAGUGACAUAUGCGGUGAUUCCGCAUUCUGUUGUUAGAAGAAGUACUGGACACACCUUUUGUUAGUGGAUUCGGUAGAAUGUUACUGUUCUGCCCAAACUGUGCUAAUGCUCUUGUGGUGCAGGACGGUAUACAGUCAUAUAGAUUUUGUUGUGCAACAUGUCCGUACUCCUACGAUAUAAUAUAUCGUAUAUCUAAUCGCGUACAUCCAAAACUAAAGGAAGUUGAUGAUGUACUUGGAGGAGCUGCAGCUUGGGAAAACGUAGAUUCUACUGAGGAACGUUGUCCUAAAUGUUCUAAUCCAAGAGCUUAUUUCAUGCAGAUUCAAACAAGAUCAGCAGAUGAGCCUAUGACUACUUUCUACAAAUGUUGUAAUCCUGUGUGUGGUCAUCGCUGGCGAGAUUAACCACACUUACAUUGUUAUAAAUAUGCAGCAAAAUAAAAUUUGGAAGGAAGCCAGUCUUUUACUAUUUUACUAGUGCAUAAAGGUGUCUUUUUGUGGUGUAAUGUCAUGGUUGAUCCAUAUGGAAUGGUAAAUUUAAAUCUGCUGCAGUGUUAAAAAAAAAUGGAAAUUUUGUAUAUAGCUUAUCUACAAAAUUGGUUGACCUAAUUGUUGCAGGUCUAAAAAUUAAUACAAGGAACACACUUCAUUGAAGAUAUAGAUUGGAUCACAAUGCUGGUUCGAAUUCUUUCCUUACUUUUAGAAUUUUGUAGUUUGUGUAAUUCUUGAUGCAUUGACAGUUUGUUGGCAAUGAUGUCAAUAUCAGCUCUUAGCAAUGGAAAUUGCUGAAAGUGUCUAUGGAAAGCACAGUGGCCAUUUGUGGAAAUCCCACAUGAUGUAAUAUGGCAUAUGGUUAUACAGUACUUAUGAAGUUAUCUGCAAUAAAUACAAAAUUAUCCUGUUAUCCUUGAGUCAAUUCAUGAGGUCAGUACCUGGUGUGUAUCACAUUAAAGCUGAGACUAUAUAGACAUUACUCUGAACAGUCUAUAUAGGCUAUUUGCCACUGAACUACUGAGAGUUCUCUAGCAGUCUACACAGAUUAGAGGAUUUUUUCUUAUUGACUUAGUUUGACAUUUAUGUGUAGCAUUGUUUUUGGCAUUAUGGAGGAGAAAACUGUAUCUUUCCAAAUAGGUUCUAUAUAGUAACUGUUAGCAGCAAAGCUAAAGUAAAUGAAUCCACAUAGGAAGUUCAGUGUGUCAGUUAGAUGCCUUUUUAUAUGAAAAGUUGAACUUUGAUUGUAAGAGUGAAAUAUGUAACUGUACAAAUAUUCAGGACAUUGCCUUGUAAGCAUUUCUUCUGGAAAUGUAAAGAAUUUAAGAGCAUUUUCUUCAAAUGUUCAUCAGAGUUGGUGGUGGAUUAAACAAAACUUUGUUAUUGAGACCGUCGGUUUAUAAAUUCACUGUGUGUAAACCAGAUGUUUAUGUACUUUCACAUGUCUUAUUUGCAGUAUUUGUAUUCCUAAAAAAAACAUAUUGAAGGCAAGGCUGGCUGAAGUUGUUUAAAAUGCUUAAAAGCACCUGGGAUCUUGUGCACGGGUGUAGCAGAAAUUUCUGUAAUGGUAAAAAAUGGUAGUUGCUUGGUAUUUUGCUAUCAGUUGUUUUGAGAGGUCUGAAAUAAAUUUCUUGUUGGAGACAGUAAAAUUUUGAUGUCUUACAGGCAGUCAAAGAAGUCUGCCAUAUAUGUAGUGUAAACUAUUGUAGUGGAGCAGUCUUUUCUAGUAAAGAUAGAACUAGUAAAUUUAA